ACAGUGAUGCAGUCUUUCAGAGAGACAAAACUAAAUGGAGAGGAUAGGGAAAUAAAUAGGGAGGUAUAUAGACAGAUAUAGUCAAGUAUACAGAUAGAAGGAGAGAGACUACAAGAGAGAGAGGGAUUUUUGACUUUAGAGGGGAGCAGAUGUUGUGUGUUCUGCAAAGAUUCGGGAUGUUCAAGAAACCAGAGCAGAGAAAGGAAGAACAAAGAGAAUAAAAGACACAAUUAUUUGAAGUCCAGAAAAUAAGAGACAGCUCAAAACAACAGGCAGAGGACAUCACUGCAAGAAUAAACCAAGACAACAACAACAAUCCGAGAAUUUGCAAAACACUGGUCUCAGAAUGUGGGUGAUUGUGGGCAUGGUCUGUCUCUCUCAGUCCAUUAUGGGUCAGCUACUAGAGGCAAAGUCCAAAGGAGCUCCACCCCAAUUUAUCUGCAGCAUUCCAGGGUUGCCAGGAGCACCGGGAAAGCCUGGCCCCCCCGGACCUCAGGGAGAGGAUGGACAUGUCGGAAUUCCAGGAAGAGAUGGGAGGGAUGGUCGGAAGGGGGUUAAAGGAGAAAAAGGAGAUCCAGGCAUCAGAGGUAGAGUUGGGCCGACUGGAAAGCUUGGGGAGCGUGGAGACAGAGGUUUCACUGGGAAACGUGGCCCCGAGGGUGAUCCUGGAGAUUCGGGGCCUCCUGGUCCUCUAGGACCUCUCGGACAGAAGGGAGACAAGGGUCAACGUGGCCCUCCGGGAGCACUGGGCGUCUGCAGGUGUGGAAGUUUGGUUCCCAAAUCCGCCUUCUCUGUAGGCAUCACCAGUAGCUACCCCACUGAGCAAGCACCAAUCAAGUUCAACAAAGUCCUGUUUAAUGAGGGCAGCCACUACAACCCCGAGACGGGUAAAUUCAUCUGUGCGUAUCCAGGAAUCUACUACUUCUCAUAUGACAUCACUCUGGCCAACAAACACCUGGCCAUCGGAUUGGUCCAGAAUGGACAAUACCGGAUCAAGACGUUUGAUGCCAACACCGGCAACCAUGAUGUGGCAUCUGGCUCGACAGUGAUGUUUUUGAACCCAGAGGAUGAAGUGUGGUUGGAGAUCUUCUACAGGGACCAGAACGGGCUGUUCGCUGAACCCGGCUGGGCUGACAGUCUCUUCUCUGGGUUUUUACUUUAUGCAGAUACAAAUUAUCUGGAUACACUGUCGGAGGACUACUAAUAGUAGCAACAAAGACACUCCAAUGCUAAAUUAAAGUUUUCAAGAGAGGUUAAAGUUUUAUUACCUUAUGGCCAAUGACCGAUUUCAUGUCUUAAAGGGGUCAUAUCUUAAGGGAAUAAAAUUUACUAUGAACUCAAAACUCCCUUCACAGUUAAAAAAGCAUAUUUAUCAAAACUAAGCUGCACAAAUGGCUUAUUCUGAAAUCACUGAGAAAUGCAAGUUACACCCACUACAAAUCACUAAUUACAAGUUACACCCCCUUAAAAAAAAAAAAAAAAAAUAAACGUUGAAAUGCUGACUUGACGUAAGAGUUGGCUGCCACAUUCAUACACUGUGUUUCUUGUGUUUAUUGGGAAUCCCACAGGAAGCCUACACCUAUACCUAACCCCUAAACCUAAGCAUAAUCUUAACCCUACUCUUGUAUCUAACUGUAACCACAAAGAUUAAUAAAUGAAAAGUUUGCAAAAUUAUAAACAAUCAAGCAACUUCAAAGUUCUAGUGAAUAAAAGCAUACGGCCAUUUCGCUAAAUGGCAGUAGUGAGGAAAAAGCACUGAAAAUGAAAAGGAGAAGCUCAGAAUUACUGAGUAUUUUCUCAGUGAUUUCUUGGUAAAAUAUCUAAACAACUUAAAAACAACAACAAAAAAAUUACUUGUGAAGCAGAAUUACAUAAGAUGGUAGUUCUUGUUUUCAGAGAAAUCUAACAAAAUUUAGUGAGGUUUCUUUUUAAGAAAAAAACAACACCAGUGGGGUAAGAAAAAAAAAAGUUUGUUUUCCUUUUGAAUCAAGUUUUUUUUCUUACCCCACUGGCAAAUAGUUUUUAUUUUAAUAUUUAAUAUUUAAUAUUUCUAAAUUUGGUUCAAUUUCUCUGAACUAGACAAAAUAUCUUAUAUAAUUUUUCUUCUCAAGUAAAUUAAUCUUGUUUUACCUCUUAUGCUCUGCAGGAUAUUUGGGCUGCCGCCCGAAAAAUUUUUAAGCUCCCUGUUCACACAUAGAGUGGACUAAUUUAAUAAAAAUGUCCUCAUUUUACAGAUAACCCCCUAAAUUUUAAGAAAUGAUUGCAAUAAUUAAUAAAUAACAUUGUAGAUGUUUACAAUUUUAUGAUAAACAUUUUUUAAAUCUCUAAAGUUUAAAAGUAUGCCAUUUCAGUUCUGUGUCCUCAAUUUUCAAGCAAAAUGUCUUAUUUUAUUCCACUGGAUGGCAGCAAGUACUAGAAAAAGAAUUUUCCCUCUAUCACCUUCCAUCACAUUAUACUGAUCUGAAAUGUAGGUGGUGCUCUAAUGCAUUUUAGCCCUCACCCAUAGGCAACAAGUCUAUUUUUGAAGUGCUGAGAGCUUUCACACUGUUUUGUUAAAUAUCUUGGCAUCCGAGUUGUCUAGAAGCACAAUCUAGGUGUCAUUGAAAGGCAGAAAAUCCCAGCUUUACAAUGAUGUGUAACAUUUCAUCUUCUCUAGAUGAAAACCUAUUUUGCUCGAUUAUUUUGCUGAUUUGUUUCUCUUUUUCUACUGAACUUUUUUUUUUUUUUUUUUUUUUGACACAACAUUGGAUUAUUCUCCCAAGCAAGCUAACAAACAAGUGAAAGAGUCAUUUCUUUAACUAAUUUUAAAGCUAACAACCCAAGGUAAGAUUUGAUAUAAAUUGUGAGGCUAUUUUGGGCUUACAGAUCAGUAGUCAGCAAAUAAAAGAGACAUUUGCAUUUUAUGCCUUACCGAAAUAAAAUGUCACUUUGUGAUAUUUUUUUUUUAAAUAAUUCAAACUGUGGUAUUAUGGCAACAAAAUAUGAGAAUGAGAGCUUUCAUUUGAAAUAUGACUUUUUUAUUUAAGUUCCAUGUGAAGGAUUUUUAUAUUCAUUUUAAUAAUUUGCGACACAAAUGUUUUCAGGCCUUAUUUUGUUAUUUUAUGUAACUAAAUGCUAAAGUUAAGUUCUCUAAAAAGUUCAGAUUCUAAGCUUUCAAAUGAUACCAAAUAUGCCUAACUUAUGCAUCCCUGGACUUCAGGGUAUUAAGUGUUAAUAUGGCUUGUCAUUUAGCGCCUCCCCACGGGCCCGACGGUGGGCCCACAGCGUUUAAGAGGUUUUAAGAAUGUUUAAAUAUUUUUUAUGUAAACAAGACAAAACUUCUCAAGAAAAUUAUUUGUUUGCAGUGUGUGUAGUUAGCAGGCUAAUCGGCUAGCAGCGUGCUAAGAUAUGGGGUGAAUUCCAAACAUAAGUGAUCAUCUGUAUAUACUCACUCAACUCUUGAUGUGGUCACUCUGAGGGGCAUGGCAUUACUAUAAGAAUGUCACCUUCUCUGACAGUCUUGUGAAAAGACACUUCAUGAAAAAAAUAUUUAACUUUCGUUUGGAACAACCCUUUGAGUGGCGACUUCCCGCAGUGCCCUUCAAGUGCACAAAAAUGGCAUUUGGAAAACAACCAUGCAUUUAUGCUAAGCUAGAAGGCUAACUGGUAAGCUUGUGAGCUAACUGGAGAAAAUAGAAGAAGAAAAAAUCAAUAAUAAUAAUGUAAUAUGUGUCAUAUUAUUUAAAAGGUAUUCUUUGUCAUAUUUACAUAAGACAAUAUGAAUCAUACAGCGAUUGCAUAGAACCUUAAAAUUUGUCUCAGGCAAUAGAAUUGUUUUGUGAUCCAAGAGGGCAUGUCGUGUAGUUGCGUUUCUUGUUGACUGGUAUGACGCAGACAGAUACAACUGGAAUCCUUAUAUUUCUGACAUCAUAUACCUGAAAAAUUAACAUGACAACCCACUUUAAUACACUUUAUAAUAAGGUGGAAGCAGUAUAGAUAAGAGUUAACAAGAGUCUGUCAAAUCAUGUGCUGUUCUUAGCUGUGUGUGGCCCCUUUGUCAUGCAACAUGCUAAGUUUGUCUUGACAAACUUUCUCUUUCUAGUUAGGAUUUAUGUAUAUGUUAAAUAUGCUAAAACUACAUCUAAUAUUAAAGAAGUGAAAAGAGUAUAUCUAAAGACCAAUAAUUGUCUAUAACAUGUCUUGCCAUGUCUAUGUUAGCUCAUGUUAAACUAUUUUUCCUUUAGACGUGUUCAUGCACUGUUUCCAAUCAACUAAAUGCAAAGACUGGAGCAGAACCUCCCUUGGUUCUGUUUCAUUGCGUUGAAUGAGUCAUUCCAUUCACUGUGUGCGUCUUGUAUUCAGUUUAAUUCUGCAUUGGAGAAUUUAUCUCAUGUCGGAGCGAACAGCUCAACCAUCUGGAUACAAAUCCUGCAGCUGGAAGGGAAUUUGAUAUCUGUGUGAGUUUUACUAUAAAAUAUUUUUUGUUUUGGAUGUACUGGAUGGUUUCAAGGAAAGAAACAAAUGGUAUUUGUUUCAAGGCUAAUUUCAAAGUUUGAAUUCAAGUAAACAUGGUGACAGCGGAUUGGACCAAAAUGACCCAUAAUUUUGCACUUGUGUGUGUGUGUGUGUGUGUGUACAGAUACUCCAUGGCUGUGUUUUAAAUUGAAGGCAGCUCAUUUAGUCAUUGACUUCACAGACAGCAUUUUGUGUUAAGGCAGCUUCUAAGGAUGCUGUUUCAGACAGCCUUCAAAGGCACCAUAACGUCAUGUCUAAUGAUCCAAAACAAAUUUAAGUGAACUUUACACAUACUGUAACCACGCAAAUAUUUAAUGAGUACAAUGCUUAUUUCUUCUAGGUUGAAAUAGAAAAUGUAUACAACUUAUAAGACAUUUAUAAAUAAAUGUACUUCUUAAAUAUAAAAAAAUACUGAAAACACCUUCUUUGAA